CCCAGGUCACCUCCUUACUUGCUAGUAUUCUCACUGCUCUCUCUUCAUCUGUUGCUAGCAUUGGGUAGCCAUGACUACCAUGAUGCACUGGCCAAGUCCAUUCUCUUCUUCGAAGGCCAGCGGUCUGGUCGCCUACCGCCGGACCAGCGGGCGAAAUGGCGUGGCGACUCUGCGGUGAGCGACGGCUCGGAUGUUGGUGUCGAUCUUGAGGGUGGAUACUAUGAUGCGGGUGACAAUGUCAAGUUUGGCUUUCCGAUGGCAUUCACCGCUACUAUGCUCUCUUGGAGCAUUAUCGAGUUUGGCGACUCAAUGCCGCCAGACGAGCUUCGGAAUGCCGCGGUGGCCGUUCGGUGGGCCACCGAUUACCUACUUAAGACCCUCGCACGUCCUGGUCGGCUCUUUGUUCAGGUAGGGGAUCCUAUAAGGGACCACAACUGCUGGGAGCGGCCGGAGGACAUGGACACGGCCAGGACGGUGUACACGGUCAGCACUGACAAGCCCGGGUCGGAGGUGGCUGGAGCCUACUCGGAUAAGCUCAUGGAGAAUGCAAUCAAGGCAUUUGAAUUUGCAGAUACUUAUAGAGGAGCCUAUAGUGAUGAUCCGGGGCUUAAAGCUGGGGUGUGCCCUUUUUACUGUGAUUUUGAUGGAUAUCAGGAUGAGUUACUUUGGGGAGCAGCAUGGUUGAGGAGGGCCUCAAGAAACGACACCUUCCUCAACUACAUACAGAACAAUGGGAAAACUCUAGGAGCUGAGGACAACAUCAACGAGUUUGGUUGGGACAACAAGCAUGCUGGCCUCAACGUCCUCGUAUCCAAGGAAUUUCUUGACGGGCAAAUAUUUUCUCUGCAAUCCUAUAAAGAAUCAGCAGAUAGCUUCAUGUGCACGUUGAUCCCUGAAUCAUCUUCAUCCCACAUCCAAUACACCCGUGGUGGCCUCAUUUACAAGCCCGGCGGGAGCAACAUGCAACAUGUCACUUCCAUUGCGUUUCUUCUCCUCACCUACGCCAAUUAUCUUUCCAAAACGUCACAGACUGUCAACUGUGGAAGUAUUUCCAUCGGCCCAGCUUCCCUCAGACUUCAAGCUAAAAGACAGGUUGAUUACAUCUUAGGUGACAACCCGAUGAAAAUGUCGUACAUGGUAGGAUACGGAGAGAAAUACCCACAACGGAUCCACCAUCGAGGUUCGUCGUUGCCAUCAAAAUCGGACCAUCCUCAAGUAAUUGGUUGCAAGGAUGGCACGGUUUACUUCAACUCCACAAAUCCGAAUCCAAAUCCGUUGGUAGGAGCAGUUGUGGGUGGACCGGGAGAGGAUGAUGUGUAUGAUGACGAUCGUGCUGAUUUUCGAAGAUCAGAGCCAACUACAUACAUUAAUGCUCCAUUAGUAGGAGCAUUGGCUUACUUUGUCGCUAGCCCUAGUCCUGGAGGGAUUAACCUUCACUAACAACAUAAGUGGUGUUCAUAUAUAUAUGCAUAGGAAAUAUAGUAGCAUGAUAUAUAAAUAAAUAUAUAUAUAUAUAGGCAGAGAGAAAGAGGUAUGUAUAGAGUAGAGGCUUGAGAGGCUUUUGUGUGGGAUUUGUUUCUUGGACGGACCAAGCGAGUGUGUGAGUGUGGUUGCUUAAUAGCAGGUUGAGGUGCCAAAAGUAAUUCCGACCAAUAUUUAUAGGGUGAGGAGUGAAAAAUUAAGAAGGUGAAGUUUUGGUUUGAUUUUCUUCAUUUGUAAUGAUGAGUGGUAUUGAAUAUUAUUUUCCACAUUCUCCUUUUUA